UGUUCCAAACGAGCGUCCAAUUUUAAGGGAAAAAAAUGAGUCAAAUUAUUCAGACUCCUGGAAAUAACUGAAUUCAUUCCUGUAAAAAAAUUUGAAGUUAAACCGCGUGAAUGCAGUGUGGGCUGUUAAGAAAUGUUAGAAAUAUGUCAUACCAGUUCCUCAUCAAAUGAACUCUUUUGAAUUGUGUUGUUAAUCUCACUCUGUUUAUGAAAUAGUUUCAUUGCAGGUGGCAACUGGAAUUUUUCUGUGAAGCAAAAGAGCUGAGAGCUUUCGGGUAAAAAGUGAGGGGAAGAGAAUCACUCCUUAUUGAUUGGAAAUGGAUCAGAAUCUGAGUGCCCAGAUGGAAGCAGUUCCGAAUAGAAACAGAGAAGAGUCACAUGAACUGCUUGGGAGAGCCCAGAUUACCCUGAUGGAAGCAGCACAGAAUGGGAACAUAAAAAUGUUAUAUGAACUUCUUGGGAGAGACUCCUCUCUUCUCGAUAAAGCUGAUCAGCAAUUCAAAGAUAAUCCGUUACACAUCGCCGUCGCUGCCGCCGCCACAGCCACCACCGCAGACGCGAAGAAAAAAAAUAAGCUCUUUGCAGCUGAAAUUGCAGUUCUGAAACCUUUAUUGGCUAGAAAGCUAAACCAAGAUGGAUGGAGUCCUCUACACAUAGCUGCUGAAAAAGGACAUGUAGAAACUGUGAAGAUGCUCUUGAAAGUAGACAAGGAACUCUGCUUCAUCAAAGGCCAGGAGGGGAUGGUGCCUCUUCACUGUGCAGCAAAAUCUGGGAAUCCCCAUAGUGAAGAUGUUAUGAAGGAGCUUCUCUCUGCUUGCCCCAAGUGUAUCACAGCAUUAACUACCCGAAAUGAGACCGCUCUUCACAUCGCUGCAAAGAGUGGUAAUUCCAAAAACUUUGAAGCUCUGUUGAAAUGGAUCAAGAAAAAAUGUGGCUACAACAUUCUAGGCUGGAAGGACCAUGAAGGCAACACAAUCUUACACCUUGCAACAUCAGAAAGAAAACCCAAGAAUCUAGAGAUUGUAAAGCUGCUGCUUUGUAAGAAUGGAUACUUCGUUAGAAAAGCUGCCAAAAUGAACACAAAAAACACAAAAGGAGACACAGCUUUGGAUGUCUUAACUGGAAAACACUGUAAUGGAACCAGAGCCAAUGGAUCUCGAACAGAACCAGUUCAAGAGGAUGGAAUGCUAGAUAUCUUAGCUGAAAAGGCACAGGGAGAUGAAGAUGAAAAAGAGGUACAGAAGAAAAUACAAAAGAUCCUUAAAAAAGCAGGUGCAAAGAGGGCUGAAGAUAUUUGUUGCACAAACAAAAGGGCUUUAGAUUCUGGUAUCAAAUGGUUGCUCAAGAUCCCAAAUUUCCUAAGUUUCAAGGUAGACAAAGACACUCCAAGCGACAUUCGCAAUGCUUUGUUAGUGAUUUUUAUUCUGAUUGUGACUGUGACGUACACAACCGGAAUCAACCCUCCAGGAGGCAUUUGGCAAGACGAAAACCCCAAUGAUAAUGGAGGAUUUAAAAAACACACUGCAGGAACAUCAAUUUGGUUUGAUCACAACCCAGACUCUUUCCAAGUUCUAAUGUAUUGUAACUAUGCUGGAUUUCUUGCGUCUGUUGUUCUUGUUUUCAAUCUCACAGAGGGAUACCCUUUACGAGGUCCGAUUCUGCUAGCUCUACUCUUUAUGUUGGUUACCUAUGCAUUGUCGUUUCGCCUCCUGUUUCUGGAUACGGGUGCUCUUGCAAUAUUGACCCAUGGAAUGAUAUUGACUGUUCCAUUACCAGUGGCAUUACUCCUUUUGGCUGCAACUGCAAAUUGGAUAUGUGACAUUAAGGAGUAG